CUAUGCGCGCGUAACCUUGUGCUACAGCACAGAAGUCCUGUCAAAUCAGCUGUGGAAACAGCGUCAACACAUUUCGAUGUUAUAGUUUGUCGUCAACAUUAUUCCGGAGCCAUGAGCAAAUAUAUUUUACCAGUCUCUGUGUUUGGGACAGUGUUUGGAGGCGCUGUUUUACUGAAGAACCAUGUGACUGGAGGCCGGUGUCCUAGUAAGGCUACUGUUACUGGAAAGACUGUGGUUAUAACAGGAGCUAACACAGGCAUUGGGAAAGAGACUGCCCAAGAGCUGGCCAAGAGAGGGGGCCGGAUCAUCAUGGGAUGUCGGGACAUGGAGAAGUGCGAGGCAGCUGCAAAGGAAAUACGAGGGAAGACCCUGAAUCCUCACGUUUACGCCCGUCACCUUGAUUUGGCCUCCAUGAAAUCCAUCCGAGAGUUUGCAGAGUCAGUCAAAAAAGAGGAGCAGAGAGUGGAUGUUCUGGUAAACAAUGCAGGGGUCAUGAGAUGUCCAGCAUGGAGGACAGAAGAUGGCUUCGACAUGCAGUUCGGAGUGAAUUACUUAGGCCACUUCUUGUUGACAAAUCUACUGCUGGAUAAGUUGAAAGAGUCCGCCCCCAGCAGAGUGAUCAACCUGGCCUCACUCGCCCACAUCGUUGGAAAGAUUGACUUCGAGGACUUGAACUGGGAGAAGAAGAAGUUUGAUACCAAGCAGGCGUACUGUCAGAGCAAGCUUGCCAAUGUUCUGUUCACCAGAGAGCUCGCCAAGCGAUUACAAGGCACAGGAGUCACAGUGAAUGCUGUACACCCAGGCGUUGUUGCCACGGAGCUCGGGAGGCACACCGGUUUGCACCAAUCACAGUUCUCGAGCUCUGUGCUCAGUCCCUUUUUCUCUCUGUUGGUGAAGAACCCAGAACUUGGGGCCCAGCCGAGCAUCUACCUGGCCGUGUCUGAGGAGAUGGAGGGUGUGACGGGACGCUACUAUGAUGUGAUGACAGAAAAGGAACCAGCGCCCCUGGCCCUGGAUGAGGAGGUUGCUCGUAAGCUGUGGGAGGUCAGCAGCAGGCUGGUCGGUCUGGAGGAGGAAGGACAGACCGGCAAGUCAAACCCUCCAGCGGAAGGCCAGUGCAAAACUGCACAGACGGACCCAGUGCAAAAACAUGGACACAGCCCAGGACCAGCUGUCAGUGCUGUGGGGCUGUAGGUCGGCUCUGGCCUCUGGGCCAGUAGGAAAUAAUGGACGUCUAUGACUUCAGCUAUGCCAGGCUCAUUGCAACAAUUAUCUGUCUGAGUCUGUGAUUCUGGUUGUCUGUAUAAUGGCAGUUUUUUGUACAUGCCUUUAUGUUCCUGCAUCAGGAUAUGUCUUUAAAACAUGUACAACAAGCA